AUGGCGGCGGGGCGGCUCCUCCCGCUCCUCCUGCUGCUCCUGGGGGGGGUCCGGGGGGUCCCCCCACCAGAGCCCCCCCCCGCCAACAUCAUCCUGGACGGCACUGGGGGCGCGGGGGAUCGGUGCCGGUUACCGGCGCUCACGGGCCGGUUCCGGGGGGUCUGUGAUCGGUGCCGGUUACCGGCGCUCACGGGCCGCUGUCGCGCCUCCAUCCCCCGCUGGUUCUUCAACGCCUCCAGCGGCGCCUGCGAGAGUUUCGUGUUCGGCGGAUGCGGCGGGAACGGGAACAACUUCGGGAGCGAGCGGGAAUGCCGGGAGGGGUGCGGGGGGGUCCCGGAGCGGGCUCUGGAUCGUCCCAACUCCACCUUGGCAGAGCGCUGCUCGGCUCCCCCCGUGACGGGCCCGUGCCGGGCGUCCUUCGUGCGCUGGUACUUCGUCCCGGCCGAGAAUUCCUGCCGGGAAUUCACCUACGGCGGCUGCCGCGGCAACGGCAACAACCACCCCGACCGCGAGGAGUGUCUGCGCCGCUGCCGCCCCCCGACAGGUGAUCCCAGCGCCGAAUUCCGGCGGUUUUUGGCCACCAAAGGGCUGGUUCUGGGGGGUCUCCUGGCGGCGGGGGCCGCUCUGGGAUUCGGGAUCCGGGCGGGGCUGCGGCUGCUCCGGAGGAAACGGGACCUGCCAGGAUCGGGAUCGGGAUCCAAACCCCCCCGGGACGACACGGAAUGUCUGAUGAAGGACGACUACACCGUCUGAGGGGUUGGGGGGCACCCCCUCCUUCCUGCCCCCCCCAAAAAACCCCCAAAAUCCCUCCCCCUCAGGCACCUCCUGCCUCCCGUCGCUUUUGUCCUGGCUGAUUUGGGGUGAUUUUUGUAGGGAAAAACGGGAUUUUUGUAGGAAAAAACGGGAUUUGGGGCAAUGAGAAAUCAGGGGGGACCCUCUGAAUCUCCUCACCCGAGACCCCCCACCCCAAAAACCACCCUGAGCCCCCCCUGAAGACAACUCCCACCUUCCCUUUAACGAUCCGUCGCCUUUUUUUCACCGGAUGAUUUGGGGUGAUUUUUGUAGGAAAACCAGGAUUUUGUAGGAAAAACGGGAUUUUGGGGGAAUCAGAAAUUGGGGGGAACCCUCUGAACCUCCUCACCCCAAAAAACCCACCCUGACCCUCCCCGAAUCCCCAGUUUGGGACAUUUUCCCUCCCUUUUCCCAUGUGGAUUCACCAUCCAGGGGGGUCUCUUUGUCCCUUCCCUGAAUUUUGGGGGGUCCCAGCGCUGUUGGGGGGCCCCCCCACCCCUUAUUUG